GCCCACAAAACCAGUUAUCUAACAGAUAGACUCCCUAACUGGCACUCUCGAACUUGUCCAACACCAGAUCCAUGGCGGCCAACUUCUCUAGCGUCCCCAUCCUCGACUUCUCUCUCGUCUCGGACCCGCUCACUAAGCCUGCAUUCAUCAAGCAGCUCCAGGACGCACUGAUCAAUGUCGGCUUCCUCUACCUCAAGAAUCACCCUGUACCCCUGCGUGAUGUGGAUUCGCUGAUCGAGUACAUACCGCGUCUCUUUGACCUGCCUCAGGAAGCUAAGGACCGUAUCGUCAUGGCCAACUCGCCUCACUUCCUUGGGUACAACAAGCUCGGGAUGGAGUUCACCAAAGGGGAGCAAGAUUAUCGAGAGCAGUUUGACUUUGCUACACCCCAUGAGACCCAAUGGAAGCCUGGUGCUCCGGAACACAUCCGGUUGUGGGGCCCUGCUCAGUGGCCUGAUGAGAACCUUCUGCCAGGCUUCAAGGCCACCAUGGAACGCUACCUGCUUGAAGUACAAGAGCUCAGCUACAAGUUCAUCGCUCUAAUUUCAGAAGCACUGGGUCUCCCCGCGAAUGCGCUGAACAAGUUUUAUGAUCGCAAUGAGCUCAUGCAACAUCGCGGAAAGGUGGUCAAGUACCCAGCCAACGAUGAAUCAAGCUCGGACCAAGGUGUUGGGCCCCACUAUGAUGCUGGCUUUCUAACCUUUCUGCUACAAGCCUCGUCUCACCCCGGCUUGCAAGUUCAGAACUUGUCGGGACAGUGGAUCGAUGCGCCUCCCAUCCCAGGCACAUUCGUGGUGAACUUUGGCAAAGCGAUUGAAUUUGUCACGCAAGGGCUCGUACGUGCCACGUCGCAUCGCGUUUUGUCGCCCCCCGCUGGCUCCACUCCCCGUUACUCCGUCCCGUUCUUCCAGAACAUCAGCUUGAACGCAAGGCUUGCUAACGAAGUAAUGGACUUCCCCCCUGAGGUCCUUAGGCUCAAAGAGUUCCGUGGUGACCUAGUUAAGACAGACUCUGUCAACUUUUCCGAGUUCGACCGCGAGCCGUCCGGAAAAGUGAACUUGAUCGGACGCGUCAAGAGUCACCCUGACGUUGCAGAGCGUCACUACCCAGACCUGUUUAAGCAGUACUUCCCCAACGGUAUUCCGAAGCAAGUCUCUGCUUACUGAGCCUGGAGCACCCAGAGCCUGAGCUUGAUACAACCUUGAAUGAAUUGCUGUCCAAUCGCAACUUAGAAGGCUUAAUGGAAUAUGUAAUAUUUCAGAUUAUGUAGAAAUCCGUGUAAUUUAGCGCGAUGUAUUCGUAGUAUGUCAAUGUAUCAACUG